AUGGUCGCUAGACAACCACUAGAACAGCGUAUCGCAGCCCACCGUCACGCACUGCUGUCAAAACCGUUCCCAGGCUUCGGACACUCGCUCAGACCGUUCUACGGAUUCGACCCGUCCUACGUCCCCCUCAACAACGGCUCCUUCGGCGCCUGCCCCACCUACGUCCUCGACAUCAUCAAAGAAUACCUCGACGAAGCCGAGCGUCGACCCGAUACCUUCCUGCGUCAACAGUACCAGCCUUUGCUCGACCAGGCUCGCAAAGAGGUGGCCGACAUUGUAGGAUGCGAUGUGGCGGAUCUGGUGUUUGUCAACAACGCCACUUCUGGCGUCAAUGCUGUUAUGAGGGGUCUGAAUGGGACCUGGAAGAAGGGCCAAGGGAUUUUGGUGUACGACACGGUGUACGGCGCUUGCGGAAAGACAGCACAGUACGUUGUGGAUUCGAACCCGGACUUUGAGCUGCAGCUCGUCACUGUGCCGUUGAGGUAUCCGCUGACGCACGACGAGGUGGUGGACCAAACCAAGGCAGCCAUCCUGCACGCUGAGAGCAAAGGCAUCAAGAUCCGCGUUGGUAUCGUCGACGCCAUCACCUCGGUCCCCGGCGUCAUCGUACCAUGGGAACGACUAGUCACGCUGUUUCGACAGCACUCCAUCCUCUCGCUCAUCGACGGCGCCCACGCCGUCGGCCAAAUCCCGCUCAACCUCCGCGCCGUCGAUCCGGACUUCUUCAUCUCCAACUGUCACAAGUGGCUCUCGGCCCACCGCGGAUGCGCUUUUCUGUACGCCCCCGCUCGCAACCAAGGCUUGGCCACCGCCAUCCCCACAUCGCACUUCUACCUUUCCCCCAACAUCCCCAAAUCCAACGCACCCGAUCUCAUCCCUACCAAAGCACCCUCCAACUGGGUCGCCACCUGGGAGUGGACCGGUACCAUCGACCUUUCCAACUACCUCAGCGUUCCCGCCGCCAUCGAGUUCCGCAAGUGGAUGGGAGGCGAGCAAUCGAUCAUGCAGUACAACUCCGAGUUGGCACGAAAGGCAGGAGAGAUUGUCUCAAAACGGUUGGGCAAAGGCUCCGUGGUGAUGGAGGUCGAGAACCCAACGCAGGAGGAGAAUCUGACUGCUUGCAUGGUCAACGUCUCCGUACCGAUCGGUCUGCCACCGACUCAGGGUUUGUCCGAGGAAGAGGUGCACGUUCAGCUCGACGUCUUGGCGACCAAGCUUCAAACUCGACUGGCGAGCGAACACGAUACGUUCGUCAUGUUCCGACCUCACGCGGGUAAAGUGUGGAUCCGAUUGUCCGCCCAGGUGUGGUUGGAGGAAAGCGAUUUCGAGUGGGUCGCGGAUAAGAUCGCUCAGAUGGUGCUCGAGGAAGACAUGCAGUCCAAAGUUUCAGUGUGA